AUGGCGGAGGAGUCGGCGAAGGCACAAGCCGACGCGGUGGCCAAGACUCAGGCGGAGGCUGCAGUCGCAGAGGCAGCGGCGGGGGCCUUGCUUGUUACCCCCCUGCGUGCCAUGGCGCCUGAGAUCCUGGAGCCCCCGCCGGAGGAAGCCGCGGCGACCGCCCAGGCCGCCGAAGUAUCCGAACUCAAGCGGAAGCUGGAGCUGGCCGAUGAAGAUCUCAUCCGUAUCAACAAACGGCUUGAUGAAGUGCAGGGUAGUGCGGCCGCAGUCGAGAGCCUAAAGAGCGCCCUUGCCCAAGCCAAGGAGCACGCGCGGGUGAGCCAAGCGGCCUCUGAGAAAGCGGCUACGGAUUUAGAGACCGAGCAGGUCACCCGCCGCAAGUAUGAGGAGCGGGUGACCGAAGUGGAGCAGGAGCUCAAGGAUGCUGCCAGCAAGUGCGAGGCCUUGGAGGAGAAGAAUAAAACCCAAGCGGUCAAUCUCACCAAGGCUCUUCAGGAGGCCAAGGAAGCGCGGACCGAGUCCCCGGUGGCUCGCGAGGCGAUCAAGCAGGGUGAACAGAUAGCGGCUGUAUUUCCGGGCCCAAGAAGGGAACACGACGGAGAAGCUCUUCUGGUCGCAGUACCUGGCGCCGGAGCGGCCAGCGCUGCUGAACAACCAGAUGAUGCAGCUGGUGGAGCUGCAUAG